AUGUCUAAACCAGAGCGUGAGGAAAUAGAGAGAGCGAGCCAAGAGACGAUCAACACGGUGGCUGACAAGCCUACCGAGUCUCAGAUUGUGUUUCCACAUGGGUGGAGACUCUGUUUUGUUAUACUUGGGCUCAUGAUCUGCCUUUACUUGGUCAAUAUGGAAGUGACUAUUGUCAGCACUUCACUCAUCGCUAUCACUAGUGACCUGAAUGGUUUCAACAAAACAAGCUGGAUCAUCACCGGGUUCCUCAUUACAUUCACUGGUCGGAAGUUCCUGUCACUUUCUCUGUCUGGUUCUGCUAACCGUACCGCAGGUUUCAUGUCUAUCUGGACCAGGGUCAGCGAUAUCAUUGGUAGAAAGAAAACCUUGCUUGCUGCCGAGGUGACCUUCUUGGCAUUUUCAUUUGGGUGCGGGCUAUCCCCGUCGGUCAACACGCUCAUUAUAUGUCGGUCAUUCCAGGGAAUUGGCGGUGCUGGGGUUUAUCCGCUCACCCUCUUGUGCGCCUAUGAGACUGUGCCUAAGUCAAAGAUUCCCCUGUUGGGCGGCCUGUUUGCGAUAGCCAUUGCAUGCGCAGCCUUGACAGGGCCUCUCAUUGGAGGCGUACUGGCGCAGAAUUCGGAGUGGAGAUGGGUUUUUUACGUGAACCUCCCUCCUGGAGCAGUAGCCAUAUUGAUGCUACUUAUCGCCAUGCCAGCGAACCAUGGCUCGGUGCCAUCGAAAUCUAUCGCCUAUUUAAAACCGAGCAUUGCACUCUUUAAAGACCUAGAUCUCGUCGGUGCUGUUCUACUACUCAGUGCCUGUUUACUACCCAUCACUGUUUUGAACGAAACUAAUCUGUCGUUUGAGUGGGCUUCUGGGACUGCAAUUGGACUACUCGUUGCGGGAGGUGUAUCAUGGAUGGCCUUCUUUGCUUGGGAAUGGGUGAUUGAUGGAUGCCCUGGCUAUCACCCCAUAUUCCCAAAACGAUUACUAUUCAACCGAGCUUGGAUGGGGAUGCUUAUAAUCACGUUCGCUAGUGGCUGUCCUUGGAACGUGAUAGUUGUGUACUUGGCACAGCGCUUUCAAGUCCUAGAAAGGUUGUCGCCUGUAGAUGCUGGGAUCCGGCUGAUCCCAUACUCGGCCCUUGCAACUGUGGGCACCGCUGGUGCUAAUCUUGCAUGUCUUCGAGGCCGUAUCCCCUUUGUGUAUCUCAUUCUCUUCGGCUCCCUGUUACAAACCGUGGGAAUGGCUCUCUUCUCCAUUAUUCCGCAGACGAACUCAUUCCCCAGUGCUGGGUAUGGAUAUGAAGUUAUCGCAGGCGCCGGCAUUGGAGUCACUAUCGGGAUCUGUGUUCUAGCAGUACCUUAUGUUGUCGAGACGCGGGAUCUAGCAACAGCAACGGGCACUCUUAACCAAUGCCGUUUUCUCGGAGGUGCAAUCGGCCUGGCGAUUGCGGCUAACAUCCAGUAUGGGAACUUGAAGAGCGAACUAGCAGAUACACUUUCGCCGGAGCAGCUACAGCAACUAUUGGAAAACAGCAGCACAGUGGAGACCCUGCCUACUCAGCUCCAGGCUGCAAUCGGGGAUGUAUUUGCGAAGAGCUAUACUCACCAAUAUCAGGCAAUGAUUGCCUUCGCAGCCGUGCAGAUCCCAGCAUCUCUACUAAUGCUGCGACGCGGUGGACAGUACGUGGUCAAGGAGGAUGAAACUACUGAUUCGGAUAGCGGAUCGGAUACGACUGUUUAG